UCAGACAGCAGUUUACUGUGCUCUAUGUCAGACAGAUCAUUAGUUACUAGAAGUGAGAAGAGGUACUUAUUUUCAAGUACUCUCAACAUGCUCUCAAGUGUGUGGUAUUAGGAAACUGUCACUUCGGUUUCAAUGAAAAUUUUCUCGUGCAACCGUAGUUUUUCAACAACUAAAAUAUGGAUAGUUCAGAGAUUUUUAAAAAACGAGCGGGAACAACCGACCGAGGUAAAGAAUACGAGAACAUUGCUAUAGCCAACAUCGUUUUACAAAUGGUAAGCGACGAAAAAAUAGACAACUUCCACAUAUCGUCAAACGACAACAACUUCGGUGCAUUUGAUGAUGUAGUCAUCAAAAUUGAGUCGCAUCAAAAUGUCGUGGUAAAAGCAAUGCAGUUGAAACACAGUGAUCGAAAAACGUUAUCUUCAGAGCAUCUGAAAUCCGCAAAGGGAGAGUUUAGUUUAGGCAAAUAUUUUGACUCUUUUCAACAACUAAAGAAUGUAGAACAAGAAUUUAUAAUUUUUACGAAUCGUUCAUUUGGUGUUAAAGAAGACGCAAAGUUUCAGCUACAAGGACAGAAGUUUUAUGUUCGACCUGUUAGAGUGUGUAGUUCACCUGACCACUUCGCAAUUUCAAAAAACGUAAAUUAUAUCUACAAAUUUGAAAUCGUAGAAGAUGCAUGGACUACAGAACAUAUCUCCGAAAUUCAAGAGUAUCAAACGUUUUUUUCGAAAUUGUUUCUUUAUACUAAUCAAGAAAGUUUUGACACACUGAGACAAUCAACAAUUGAAAAGUUUAGAACAACGUAUUCUUUGAAAGAUAAGGAUUUUGAUCAAUUCUACAAAAUAAUAUCGGAAUGGAAUAUGAGAGAAGGAUACAAAGAAAAAUUGAACAAGAGAUGGAUGAAACGUGCUAUCGCGCUGCAGAUUUUGUCACCUCAUAUUGAGCCGUUAUGUUUUGGUGUCGUUAAUGACAAGAUGAAAAUACUUCGAGAUGCUAUAUCCAUGUUCACUAUCACAUUAGUUGAAGAGAAUUCAAGUGAAAAUGCUAAAAUUUUGUGGGGUGAUGUUGCAAAACAAAAUAUUGACAUUGCAGAAAUAAACAGAAUAAGAAUAAACUACCAACUGUCAGUUGACGAUAUUAAUGCUAACGACGUUGAGAAAUUAAACUCAAAGUUAUUUUCGCAGUUGCUGUGGUUGAUGGAUAAAUGUCCUUUAAUAAUACGUGAGUUUAAAAAUUUUGAAAAAGCCGUCAAAUUGUGCGAAGAUCUAAAGUUCGUCGUGCUUGGUGACGGAAUGAAAGAGCAAUGGAUGACACACUAUUCGUUAUUCCAAAAUCUAUCAAACCUGAGCUUGAAGGAACAGUUUUACCAAAAAGUAAUGGAAACUUUUACUGUCUCUAUUCAAGGAAAGGAAGAAUUUAGCUUAAUGGCAGGUUUUGGAAAAACUGAAAAAUUUCUGGAAAAUGUGACGACGUCAGAUUUGAUGGGAAUGCUAAACGGACCAUGCUUUAUAGACGGAGAGAAAGAAAUACUCUCUGAACCUUAUAUCGAACGUCAUUUAUCGCAAAAUGUUUUAGAUAUUAAUUAUUUAGAAAAAGUACAUGAAAACACUGUUAUCAUUUUACAAUAUGCGGAUAAUUUUGAUAAAGUAGAGGACAAACUUAGAAAUUAUCAACUAAUUAAUGUUGAUGUUUCUCCAAAUGAACAGUCUGAGAACGAUGAAGGUAUAAACGUAGUUUGCAACGAAAGUGAGUUUAAGGACAGUUUCAUUAAAUCAGAUCUUCGUAAUAAAAUGUACAUAUGUAAUAGUAAAGUUUGCGAAUCAAAAUUAGAACAGAUAUAUACGGAUAAUUCAAAAAUGCACAGGUUUCACUAUUUCAAAGUCGCAAACAACGGACAUUUGCAAUGGAUUCAAAGCAAAGGUGAUAUGAGUGACUUAGAAAAUUACAAAUUAUCUAACAGCUCUUUUACGCAUGAAAACUUACUGUCGUCUUCUCAAUUAGAAAAUAACAUCAAUUUAAUAACUAGCGAUCCGGGAAUGGGUAAAUCUGAAUUGAUGAAAAGUUUCAAAAAUAAAUGUCCAUCGCAAAAUUGGACGGUUACGAUUUAUCCCAAAGAUGUCCAUUUAUUUUUUAAAUCUUUUAAAUUAAGUCAAGGAUCAAACUACCUAACUUGGUUUGAAAGAUUCAUAAUCAACGAAAAAUACUGCUCACUCAAAACAUUACACCAAAGUUUUUUCGAAAUGUGUUUAAAACAAAACCGUAUUGUGUAUGUUUGGGAUGGACUAGAUGAAAUUUUAAACGAAUAUUUAGAUGUUGUUUCAGAUAUAAUACUCCAGCUAUCAAAAAGAGGUUUCGUUCAGUGGGUAACUAGUAGAAAACACCUCCAGACAUUUCUAGAGAAAAAAUUCAAUGUCCUCUCAAUUGGCUUAACACAAUUUAGCGAUAAAGAACAACAAAAUUACAUAAAACAACGACUCAAAUUUGUCAGAUCUGAAGCCGAAAUUGAGAUCACCGUUCAGAAAAUUAAAUCCACCUUUGUAAUUAUCGAACAUGUUGACAUAUUAGGAAUUCCUCUUCAGAUAUUUAUGCUCACGGAACUAUUCCGUCGAAAUAACGAAAAGUACGUGGAACUUAUAGACAAUAAAUUUCGUUUAACUAACUUAUACCGCAAUUUUAUCGAAGAAAAAUUUAACAUCUUCUACGAAAAUAAAAGUGCUUAUGAUCUUCAAAAUCCACAUAUGGCAGUUAUGGUUCGUCGAGAAAAAGAAAAGAUGUUAAAACACUUCGAAAUACUUGCAUUAAAACUAAUAUAUCCCGAAUUUGUAUUAGAACGAUUAAAUAUUAAUUACCAAAAAUCGGUCAAAAAAUUUUCUCGUUACGACUAUGCAUCUGUUGGUAUCAUAACCGAAGUACAAAAUAACGCCCCACACUUUCUUCAUGGAUCCUUUGCGGAAUAUUUAGUUGCGACAUAUUUAUCGAAAAAUUUUGCAGAUAUACCGAUUGACAUAUUUUUUGAUCAGAAGUACAAUAACGUACGAUUUUUCUUCGAUAUGUUGUUAGCAGAAGAAACACCUGUUCAUGUAGCGGUGUUACACAAAAAUUUCAACUUACUUAGAAGUUGCGACGAUGAAAUAUUAACAUGCAAAGACAGAGGUGGAAGAAGUGCGUUACACUUGAUUUGCUCAUGGGGAAAAAGGCACCCGCGUUUACAUAUAACCCACGAAAAUAACAAAUACACUGUUCGCGAGGAAACCAAUUUUAAUGGUAAACCGGAAAGUACAGAAUUUCUUGAAGCAGUAAUGUAUUUACAAAGUAAAAACAGUGACUCAGAACAUGAUUCACUAUUAGGGAUAACCCCAUUGUUAUAUGCAAAAAAAAGUGAAAGUUUGGCAGCGGAGAUAAAGUUGCUACUAACAGUUCAAAAAAACUCAAACAUUUUUCAAUCAUAUUCUUCUAAAGACAAAAUAAACAUUCUGUAUUAUUCCGCAUUACUUGAAUACGAUGACGUGGCUAAAUUGCUAAGUUAUGAAAAAUUAGGUAUUUCUCGUGCAGAAAUUAAUUCUAUAACUGAGGCUAAUCAUUGCACUCCACUUGUACUAGCUUCCAGUGGGGGGCACAAACAAAUUGUCGACUAUUUAGUAAAAUCUGGGGCCGAAAUUAAUCGCUCUGAUAAAGAAGGCUUUACCCCACUUUACUUAGCUGCGCAAAACGGUCACGAAGAAAUUGUCAAAUACCUAGUGAAAUUCGGAGCUGAGAUCGAUCGUUGUGCAAAUAGUGGUCGGACACCGCUUUACGCAGCUUGUCAGAACGGCCACCAGAAAAUUGUCGAAUACUUGGUGGAGUCAGGGGUUGAAAUAAAUCGCCCGGAUAACGAGGGCUUUACACCACUCUACUUAGCUUCGCAAAAUGGUUACGAAGAAGUCGUUAAAUACCUAGUGAAAUUCGGAGCUGACAUUAAUCGUUGCUCCAAUGAUAGUCGGACACCGGUUUACGCAGCUUGUCAAUACGGCCACAGAAAUAUUGUCGAAUACUUGCACCUAUCGGGAGCGGAUAUCAAUCGCUCUGGUGUCCAUGAUUUUACACCACUUCGUGUGGCUUCCUAUGGCGGCCACCAGAAAACUGUCGAAUACUUAGUGAAGUCAGGGGUUGAACUAAAUCGCGCAAAUAACGAUGGUUUUACACCACUUUACUUAGCUUCGUAUAAUGGUCACGAAGAAACUGUCAAAUACCUAGUGAAAUCCGGAGCUGAGGUCAAUCGUUGCACGAAUGUUGGUCGAACACCGCUUUAUAGAGCGUGUCUAUCCGGCCACAAAAAUAUAGUUCAAUAUUUGCACCUAUCGGGAGCGGAUAUCAAUUGCUCUGAUGUCGAGGGUUUUACACCACUCUACUCAGCUUCGCAAAAUGGUCACGAAGAAAUCGUUAAAUACCUAGUGAAUUUCGGAGCUGAGAUUAAUCGUUGCUCGAAUGAUGGUCGGACACCGGUUUAUGCAGCUUGUCAAGACGGCCACAGAAAUAUUGUCGAGUACUUGGUGGAGUCGGGGGUCGAAAUAAAUUACUCAGAUGGCGAAGGUUGUACUGCACUUUACUUAGCUUGCCAUAAUGGUGACGAAGAAACUGUCAAAUACUUAGUAAAAUCCGGAGCUGAGGUCAAUCGUUGCACGAAUGAUGGUCGAACUCCGCUUAACGCAGCGUGUGGAUCCGGCCACAAAAAUAUUGUCCAAUACUUGCACCUAUCGGGCGCGGAUAUCAGUUGCGCUAAUGUCGACGGUCAUACACCACUUCGCUCGGCUUCGUGUAACGGCCAUCAGAAAACUGUUGAAUACUUGGUGGAGUCAGGGGUUGAAAUAAAUCGCGCGGAUAACGAGGGUUUUACACCACUUUACCUAGCUUCUCAAAAUGGUCACGAAGAAACUGUCAAAUACCUAGUGAAAUCAGGAGCUGAGAUCAAUCGUAGCGCGAAGAAUGGUCGGACACCGCUUUACGCAGCAUCUCGGUAUGGCCACAAAAAUAUUGUCGAAGACUUGGUGGAGUCGGGGGUCGAAAUAAAUUGUUCAGAUGGCGAAGGUUAUACUGCACUUUACUUAGCUUGCCAUAAUGGUGACGAAGAAACUGUCAAAUACCUAGUGAAAUCCGGAGCUGAGGUCAAUCGUUGCACGAAUGAUGGUCGAACACCGCUUUACGCAGCGUGUCCAUCCGGCCACAAAAAUAUUGUCGAAUACUUGCACCUAUCGGGGGCGGAUAUCAAUUGCGUUGAUGUCAAUGGUUUUACACUACUUCGCCUAGCUUCGUUUGAUGGCCACCAGAAAAUUGUCGAGUACUUAGUGGAGUCAGGGGUUGAAAUAAAUCGCGCGGAUAACGAGGGCUUUACACCACUUUACGUAGCGUCUCAAAAUGGUCACGAAGAAACAGCCAAAUACCUAGUGAAAUUCGGAGCCGAGAUUAAUCGUUGCUCGAAUGAUGGUCGGACACCGGUUUACGCAGCUUGUCAAUACGGCCACAGAAAUAUUGUCGAAUACUUGCACCUAUCGGGAGCGGAUAUCAAUCGCGCGGAGGUCCAUCAUUUUACACCACUUCGCGUGGCUUCUUGUGGAGGCCACCAGAAAAUUGUCGAAUACUUGGUAGAGUCAGGUGUUGAACUAAAUCGCGCGAAUAACGAGGGUUUUUCACCACUUUACUUAGCUUCCCAAAAUGGCCACGAAGAAACUGUCAAAUACCUAGUGAAAUCCGGAGCUGAGGUCAAUCGUUGCAGGAAUGAUGGUCGAACACCGCUUCAUGCAGCGUGUCGGUUCGGCCACAAAAAUAUUGUCCAAUACUUGCACCUAUCAGGAGCGGAUGUCAAUUGCGCUGAUGUCGAUGGUUAUACACCACUUCGCGUAGCUUCCUCUUACGGCCACCGGAAAAUUGUCGAGUACUUGGUGGAGUCAGGGGUUGAAAAAAAUCGCGCGGAUAACGAGAGUUGAUAAUAAUAAUAAUAGUAAUAAUAAUAAAUUUAUUGCUCAUAUGUAAAACAAGUACAUUAAAGCUCGUCAAAAAAAAAAGUUAGGUAUAUAAUUGUAUAACAUAUAAAAUUGUACACAAAACAUAUAUACAUAUAUAGAUUCACAAACACUUAAAAAUAACUACAUUAAAUUUCCGUUAGCACAAAAGUCUAUAAACUUGCUAAUACAGUAAAAACUAUGUGAUUGCAGCAUUGUUUUAAUUCUACUUUUAAAGCAAUUUCUUGGAAGACAUUUGACAGUAUAUGGUACAGCAUUAAACAAUUUUACAGAGAUGAAAUUUACCGACUGUUGUGUCUUUUGCACACGGCAAUAUGGAAUAGUUAAUUAACUGCGAUUUCUUGUAUUGUAGCAAUGAUUGUCAGAGUUUAACAAAAAUUUGGAUUGAUUAUCAAAAGUAUAGAUUAAAGUGUAGUAGAUAAACAAACAAGGCAGUGUUAAUAUAUUUAGAGAUUGAAAAAAUUUUUUACAAGAAGUUCUCUAAUUUUACAAAUUAUCCUUAAAGCUUUUUUCUGAAUUUUAAAUAUUCGCAUGGCACUAGAAGAAUUACCCCAUAGAAGAAUACCGUAUGAUAAUACUGAUUUGAAGUUGCUAUGAUAAUAAGUCAAGACAGUUUCUAAUGAACAGAACAGAACUAAUUUUCGCAGUUGGAAGAGAAUGGAGUUUAAUUUUUUAGCCAGAUGUUACAUUAUAUAAAAAAUCUAUGGUCAACACCAUUCCUUUUUCUAUAGGUAUUUAAUUAUUUAGAAAAUACAGUUAUAAUUUUAAGUAACGAAACAGCAAUUUAUGCUGGAUAAUAUUUGUGUUGGCUGCACGAACCACAUAUAUGUAGCUGCUGAAAUUAAACAAUAAUUUAAUUUAUAACAAAAGAAAUCGGAGAUCUUUUAUAGUGCUAACUAACUGCAUUUUGCGUUAAGAAUAAUAUUAAUUUUUGUUAUUUUUCUAUUGUUUAAUACUCCUAUAUAUUUUUCGAUUCAAUCAAGACUGUUUUUAUUACAAUAAACAAAACCUGCUUACACUAUGAGAAUCCACUGGACCACCGUUAUGCAGUUUAACCUUAUUUGAUUGGAUCUUUCCACCACGUCGUCCAAGGAUCUUCUGAAAUGUCUGUAUGCUUAUCUUCAGGAAGGCAUUGGUUACCAACUAGCCACAGGAAGUCACGAAAAUUAUGCUAAAACACGCUCAAGGCGAGGAACGGCAAGCGUCCACCUUCAGAUUUUAAAAAAUAACUCAUUGCUAUAAUACACAGAAUAAUGUUAAAUAAUAAUGACGUCUAACUUA